AUGGUGAAGCUUACUGGACUGUCUGUCCGAGAUAUACGAUUUCCAACUUCUUUGGAACUCCACGGGUCAGACGCUAUGGUAGGAAUAAGGGGCUGUACAUCGUAUUCAAACAUUUAUGUAAUUCACCAAAUAUUCAAAAAUUCCUGCAAUUGGGAUGCCAUCACGCAAGACGUUUACAACAAAAUAAAUACAAAUUAAAUUAAAUUAAUAAUGAUAAUAGUAAAAUGUCCUACAAUACAAAUAAACUGUUAAAAAGAAUAUUUUCACCGAGAUCAUAAUGCACCUUGUUUACGGGUCAUCCCCGGUGUAAUAAGCUUAUAAGUCAGUUUUCUUUGUUUUAUGGACUAUUGUAGGGGUUAGGUUCAUUGUUUUGUUUUCUUUAUUUUAUGUAAGCUGUGAGUAAUAAAUUAUAUUACACCGGAGAUCAACCUUGUGUGCGCCCCUCCCCCCCAAAAAAAUUACUUUAGAUAAUCAUUGUCUUUGACGACUGUAAUAACCAGGAGAAAUUCAUGGAAAGAAUCGUUAGGUAAAAUUUGGGGGGGGGGGGGGGGGUUAACAAGGUACAUUAUGGUCUCAGUGAAAAUGAUGAAUUACAUAAAGAUUUGAACACGAUGUUCAAUGUUCAGAUAGUUACAGUAAGCCAAAAUUAUCAAUUGAGUAUUGCAUGUGAAGAGCGUAUACGUAGCUUUACAAAUUUACCAAUUUCUUGAUGUUAACAAGCACUCUCAUAGGAGUUAUUGCAUACUGUUCUUAUGACCAUACAUUAAAUAAGAUUAUUGGCAGACAAUACCAAUAGACCUUGUGUUAGCUAGAGCCAGAAAGGCAGAUGUCAUGUGAUGUUCUUUGAAAUAGGGGAAAUUUUGGUCACAUGACAAACAAAUACAUGUGGUUCGUGAGAGUAAUAUUGCAUUGUCCUCAAUGAGGGAAAAACCAACCAGUCUAAAGGGCUGCGUGACCACUAAGCUUGUGGACCGUUUGCUAAGCUCAUGAAGGUCUUCACCAGUAAGCUCGUGGACUGCUUGACUGCCAAGCUCAUGGUGGUUAAAACUUAUUAAAUUACAUUUAACCAAAUAAUUAUAAAAUAUACAUGCUCUACACCCUAUAAUGGUAUAUGUAGUAUCUGUUCGUACGACUUAUCAGCUAUGGCAACAUUUUGCAUUGCUUUCUUUUUUUUUUUUUUUUUUUUGUUGUUGUUGUUGCUUUUCUUUUCAGCACAAGUCACCUGACUACUCUGCAGUGUAUAUAGUUUUCAAAACUGAUGAAGGAACUGGUAAAGAAGGUCAUGGACUUACAUUUACUUUGGGGCGAGGAAAUGAGCUAGGUACACAACCAAUACAAUAAACAUCUGUAUAGGUGGUGUUUUUCACACGUGUUGUUUUGGUAUGUAUAAUAGCAGAGCUCUCGCGCGCAAAGCACGCGCAGCGGAGCACCAUGGGUAAGAAAAUGUGGUAAUCUACCCAUCCGAGAAAAUUUGGUAAUCACGUGACCGUACACCCAACCGUCCAUCCGCACCACAGGCAUACCAAUGUAAAAUAACUCAAUCAACAGGUAUGGCAACCCAAAUGCAGCUCGAGGUUAUUUUGGUGGGAAAUCGCAUAACCACCUGCUUCUUGUAAAGCAGAGGCAGCUAAAGAGUCAAUAAAGACGAAACUGGAAAGCGGAAAUUGUCUCUGUAUCCAUGUUUUCUUAAGUAUUAAGCUUAGAUUAAUUAUCAUGUCCACAAAUUAGGAAUAUAGACCAAUAGAAAGACAGAGAGUCAUUGUCGUGCAAAACAGCGGCAAAGAAAUGUACAAAAAAAGUGUGCAGCACGUGCAAAGUUGCUUUUUUGCUAAUUAGACCUAUUGUUGUUUUUUUCACCAUUCUCCGGCGUUGCCUUCACCACUUAGCAUUACACGAUUUCAUACUUUGUUUGAACAAACUACAAAUGUUAUCGAGAGCUUCGCUUUUAGCCCUGGCUAAAUCUAUAUAUUAAACAUGUACAUGCAUGUACAAGACUGUGAAGGCAUCCCUGUCCGAUCAAAAUUAAGGAGUAAAAGUUAGGUACCAGGGGAGUCCAGGUGCUGCUACAUGAAGUAAAGUGUCAUAUUACAUUAGAACUCACACUUGUGAGAUGAAAAAGAAAAACUUGAGCAAUUCAGCAACAUACAUGUAUAGCUACUCAGUUUACUUGUACAUGUAUGUUGUAUUAUUUUCUGCUGGAUGCACUGAAUUUAAUUUUUAUAUUGUAGAAUUUUAAGGUGCACCUCACUUAAAGGAUAGAGGAGGGGUCAAUGGUCCCUUAAUGGAGUUACCCUCCUUCCUUUUUCUGAUCGAGAAUUUAUUACUAAUUUCCAAAGCAAGGUGCACAUUGACAAUCAUUGUGUCAGAUUGUGAUUGCCAAACUACAUGUGUUUUUACGCUUAGUCUGUUAGAUGUAGUAGUUUUGUUCACAUCUGGAUGUGAAAUAAACUAGUAAUGCUUUUUUGUCUUUCUCUUUUAGUCAUGAAAGCCGUUGAAACCUAUGGUAAAAUGCUGAUUGAUAGAACAACUGAGGAGAUUUUCAGUAACUUUGCAAGAGUUUGGCGGGAAUUAGCCCACGAAAGCCAGUUUAGAUGGGUAUGAUGAGUUUAUAAUAAUGAUGAUCCAGAGCUGCAAGUAACUUUUAUUUGGUGUUUGGUCAGUAUCUAACAAAAUCUUAACUGUGACUGGACAUAGUGCCCUGAUAAAGUUAACAGAGAUCAGGCGUUGGUUUUGCAUAUGAAUGAAAUCUCAAGAAAUUCCAAAACGACUCCUUCACUCCUGAACUAGCCAAGAUCAGCUCCCAGGCUCAUUUGCCAACCCCGGUAGAAUAUAUGUAUUCCCAACCUGUCACAUACAGCUGCAGCUGUACACAUCACUAACUGAUUAUACAUUGUACUUCUAUCUUCUCAUUGGUUAAGAGCCUGACAGCUAAUUUUGGAAAUCAGCGUAACCUACAAAUGAGGUAGUUAUCUGCUAGCAGAUAACUAACUUAUCUGAAGGUUGCGGGUGCAAUGCAUGAUUUCCAAUAACAAUAUCAGUUCAGGUUCCUUGCGACGGUGUGUUUGUCAUUAAUUUCUUCAAAAAAGUGUAUAAUAAAGCAAUAAUAUAAUUAAAUUCAGUUUUUGUGACAUCCUGAUUAUACUUACCUUGACCUUGAUUAUUCCAGAUAUCACAAAAACCUCAUCCAAUAAUUGUUUAUAAUACUUAAAAAACUGCUUUGUGCAGGCACAGUUUCAGGAUAUAAACAGCUGUAGUUCAAAAUCAUUUGUAUAAUAUUUUUUUAAUGAAAAAAAUGUCUUUGCACAGGCUUUACAAAUACUUUUGCUGAUAAGGGUGUUUUGUUCUGGUGGAGUUACACUAAAAUAGAUAGUAAUAAGUAAUUCAAAAAAGAUGUUUGUUGAGAUCUGCACAAUUCUUCACAUCAUUAGAGUUUACCAUUAAUUUUAAAAUAUUUUAAUAAUUGUUCGGGUGGAGUUACACCACAGCAAUAUCUUUACAUUGUAUCAUCAAUGUCAUUUACUUCUUCACUUUUGAUUCAGCUUGGUCCAGAAAAAGGUGUCAUUCACUUAGCACUAGCCGCAGUACUCAAUGCUUUAUGGGAUCUUUGGGCAAAAAUGGAAGGCAAGGUACUGUAGUUGUGAACUUCAGUUUUAAGCCAUGCCCACUAGCUUCACUUUACAUUCUUUGUUUCAUGAUUGUUGUGGUAAUAAAACUUAAACAAUGCAAAAUGCUAUGAAAGUAGUGAGUAGUUUAGAAAUAACUUACACCCGAUGUUUAUUUUUCUCUAUAACAAAUGUAUAGUAUCAUAUAAAAUGAACAAAAAAAUUUAAAUUUUGAAUUUCCGCCUUAAAACUGAAAUCUGUUUUUAGAACUUUUAAUCUGAUGAUCACUUAGUGGGUGAAACUCCGAGUUGCAACUUUAUUUUCAUCCUUUCGAUUUGUUAUACAUAUAUAUCAGGGUGAUCAUUAGUCAUCGGAGAUCGAAGAAUUCUCUGUUUUCUACACAGAAUUCUACAGCUGACGUGCGAUAGGCUAUGACUAUUUUCUAUUCAGACAUGGAGCCUCUUUCACAAUAUUUUCCUGUAAAGUUACAUUGUUCUCUUGCUACUAGAUUUCUUAGUGAAAACCCUGAUGUAUAUAAUCUUAUAUUGGACAGUUUAGUAUUGUGGGAUAUUUUUAUGAGUCUCACUGUACAAAUUAUAUAUUUUGGCAAGCCUGUAGGGCUGUUUAAAAAAUUAAUUCCUUUUUUGCCAUUUUCUUUUUUUGUUACAGCCACUUUGGAAACUUCUAGUAGAUAUGGUAUGUUGAUAAUUAUUAUAAAUAUAUUUUCUUUACUCUCUAUAAAGAGAAACUGCCAUAUGGUUAAGAUUAAUUUAACAAUGAAAAAUACUGUCAAAAUCUUCCCUGACAAUAAUUCCCAUCUUCUUAGUUCCUGAUAUAGUUUUUAAAAUUCAUACAAGUUCUGAUUCAUAUUAAGCCAAUCAAAAAUAAGUUUUAUUAUUAUUAUUAUUAUUAUUAUUAUUAUUAUUAUUAUUAUUAUUAUUAUUAUUAUUAUUAUUAUUAUUAUCAUCAUCAUGAGACUGUUAUUGUUAAUUCCAAAGGAAAUACCAGUUUACAACAGCAAAAUAGUUUGGCAGGUGAAAAAAUAAUAAAAUUACAUUGAUUGUGCCUCAAGAAGGUAUAUUUUGUGAUAAAUUACUUGUAUUUUUUUAUAUGCAAUAUAUUCUAACCUGAGUAUAUUUUGCUUAAAAUACUUCAUUUCUAAGAUUCAUAUUAUCAGGAAUUUCAGGGGUUCUGUAUGCAGAUGUUUUGAAAGCACAAUAAACUAAUUAAUUGAGCAUAAAGUUAAGUUAUUUUGUCCAGAAUAUUGGUUUUUAAUCUAUGAUGAGAUGUCUUGUGGAUUAUGAGUUUGGAUGGGAUUUGUUGAGCUCAGUUGUGUAAAAUCGCACCACUGCAUAAUGAUUAAAUAUCAGAAGCCCUUUGACAACUACAUUAUCUUUCUUUUUCCAUACAGCCUCCCGAGCAGCUGGUGUCAACAAUAGACUUCACUUAUUUGUAAGUAUAUGCAAAUUUUCAGCGGUACAGUAAUCAGACCCCUCUUUGUGUUUUAAUAGGAGUACAUGUAAUAGCUAAAAUGCUGUGAUUAACUGCAGCCUAAAGUUAACUUAAUGUACAGUGUAUAGUGAUUACUAGUUUGUAAGAUCAUAGACUCUGCAAAAUGUACAAUGUAAGUGCACUCUUAUUCUAACCCCCAAUCACCAUCAACUCUGGCAGGUUUGGUGACGCUGAUCUUUAUUACAGUCAUGUAACUCAAAUGUUAACUUCAAAUCAGGGAAAGUCAAAUUGUUGUCAAGAAAAGCUUAUUGGACUGAUGAAGUUUUGCUUCCUUGUUCAUAACUUUUAGCAUUCAUUCAGUCUUCUUUGUCAUCAACUAAUGCAUGAUCACUUUAAUUCAAUCACAAGACUAUUCAUUAUUAAACCUCUUCAGGUCUGAUGCACUUACUAAAGAAGAAGCAAUAGGUUUGUCAUGAUUUUUUUGGACUUUAUUUUCUCAUAAACUGAAAUAUUUAAAAUUCAAACAAAAACAAAAAAUUCACUCAACAGUACGGUUCAUAAUUUUAAGCAUUCAUUCAGCCUUCUUUGCCAUGGACUAAUACAUGAUCACAUUAAUUCAAUCACAAGACUACUCAUUAUUAAACCUCUUCAGGUCUGAUGUACUUACUAAAGAAGAAGCAAUAGGUUUGUCAUGCUUUUUUGUAUUAUAUUUAUGUAUUUAUGUGGUUGGUAUAUAAAAUGUCCUUGGCAUUCAAAGGGUUAGUACCCUACAGAAGUGUAAUCAUCAUCAUCAUCAUCAUCUAUUCACCAGUCAUUUUUGUUUGCAACCUGUACUACUUCCAGUGAAUUCAUUUUGUGGAAGAUGGAUGCCUCACUUCUUCUUGAUGGCCUUUGUUUAAAACAUAUUGUUAUAAUAAUUAAAACUUGAUUCAUUGACAUCUGCAUGCAUGCAUUCUGCAGUUACAAGCAGUACAUGUAUAUUUAAUUCCAUAGCCAUAUUGGCCAUCUUCUUAGUACAAAAAGUUUGCUUCUUAGAUAUUUUGAAGAAAAAUGCAGACAGCAAGAAACAAAGAGGUAACUACAUGUAUAAUUUGAAAUUACAGCUUUCUGUGUCUAAGAGAGUGAAUUUGGUGACACUGAACAAAUUGAAACUUUUACACUGUUGCAGUUAUUUUAUUUUUACAUUUUAUUUUACAUAUAAUUAUAACUUGACAUUCUUGUAGAGAGGCACAUUUUCUCAUUAGUUUGAUGAAAAUUUUACAGGAGCUGUUGAAAACAAGGUCAGCAUAUGCAUAUUGCCUUAAAUUUACCAAGAAAUGUAAUGCAAAGUACAUAAUUUUGAUUGAUGUGCUCGUAGAAAUGGAAAUGAUACCGAACAUUAGUAGGAUUUAAUUAUCGUUUUUUUAAUGACAUGCACAGGCUCAAGUUCAACUUUAGCUACGGUAACAUGUUAUUUACGAUUUUUUUCAGAGCAAGAGAUGAUUUCCAAAGGGUAUCCUUCUUAUACAACAUCUGCCGGUUGGCUUGGAUACACAGACAGUCAGCUUCGUGAGCUGUGCCAAAAGUAUCUUAAAGCUGGUUGGACAAGGUUUGUUCAAGUGUGUCACCUCUGAGGUUCAUCAUUCCUUUAAGGGGCUAGGCUUUGUAUGUUUUACCAGUCUAGGGAAACUUUCUAAACAAUCUGUUUCAAACAAUUAUUAUGUUUCCCUAUGUGUUGGACUUAUCUAAUUUUACAAGCUGAUUAUAAAAUUAUAGUAAAAUGAAUAUUAUGAAGGAAUCUUAGUAGUUAGAGAUUUAAGCAACCAUGUGUGGGUAGGUAUUGUGCAUCUGUAAGGUAUAGGAAUGAUGUACUGUUGGAUAGUCUUCAAUUUAAAGCUAUAAUAAUUGAGAGGUUAUAACCUGAAAAUUUACUUCUCCAUGAAGGCCCUUCCUUUUUACAUCACAAAAAUAUUAAAGUAGUCAGUGUGUGUAUCUUUUUUUCAGUGGUUGGAUGGAUGGAGUAAAUAUGUAAUAUGUUGUAACUUUUGCUGUUGUCAACAGAUUUAAAAUGAAAGUUGGUUCCGAUGUAAAUGAUGACAUGAGGAGAGCAGCUAUAUUUAGAGAGGAGAUUGGAUGGGAUAAUUUUCUGGUAAGUUUUAGGAGACACAGUCAGGGUGGGGACCACACUGACCUGGAAACAUGUUUUGCUAAAGUUUGAAAAGCUUUAUACCUCAACCCAUGAAUAAAAUCAAAGUAUGUGUGCAAUACAUGUAAGUAGAAAUCCACCUUUAUUGUCACCAUCUUCCCUAGUGUUUGAUUCUAUUUUCAAUCUUUUUCCGAAAACCUCUUUCUGAGUAUGUUUGUACUCAGAUAAUAUUAUUUUAUCAUAUUUGGUUAUAAACAGUAUCCAAAGGAACAAGAAAAAAAGAGCUGGAAAAUGUGUAAGCGUUGGGGGAAGAGAUCGCCUGCAUUGACUAAAAUAACAAGAGAAAUUAAAUACAUCAAAAACAUUGGAGAGCAAGUCAUUGUUAUAUAUAUUUGGUUAUAUUUUUCAAGUUUUCUCGACCUAGAGAAAGGUUCAUACCAAGGGAACCUUCAGCAAUGAUUCUGAAAUGAGUCGGAGUGCUCCAAUAAAUUUGACUUAGGGUCUAUAAACAAGAUUUGACUUGCAUUACUUCGACUCCACAAGGUUUGUUUAAGUAUUCCAAAUGAUGGGCUUCUCACUUUCUGUUUCAAGCGUGUAUCUUGUGAUAUGCAGAUCAUGCAGCUAAGAAAAUAAUCAUGUUAUCUGAUGUACAUGUGCAACAUACAAAGAACUUAUUUCCAAUACUAGUAUGGAGGCUUUAGAAUCCAUGUGCUUAUAUCCAUACAUUAUUUUCAUAGGCAAUGGAUGCAAACCAGCGCUGGGAUGUCAGUGAAGCUAUUGAUUACAUGAAACAGUUGGCCAAGUUUAAACCAAUCUGGAUUGAAGAACCAACCUCUCCAGAUGACGCAUUAGGUGAUUUUAACUCCUAAGAUAAUCACAUGAAUCUUUUUGCCACAGUGCACCUGCCAAAUAAAACUGAAAUGUGGAGAGAAGUCACUGAUAUUAUUUUGGCUUAGAGUGAUUUAACCAAACCAGUGAUUUACAUAGUAGACUAAUACACAGUAUCAGGGUCUAAUAUCAUUGUUUUCUUAUGUUUACUAGUAACUAUUUGGUCCUGUUUGGUACUGUUUCACGGGUUUCGUAAAACCACUUUAAUGUUGCUGAAAAAUUAGUUUCACUUUUCUUCUGGCUUUGUGUAUUUUGAUAACUGAACUAUUCCCCAUUUUAUUAAUGGUUAUAUUGUAAAUGCCAUACAUGAAUAAAUGUUCGCGUGAAGAACCCCUAAGAACGUCUUCGUGGGAGGCUACCUUUUAUGCACCUUUUAAAUCACUUUUUAACUAAUCUUAUUAAACAGUUAAUUGCAUUUAGUAACAUUAUACAGGUCACGCUGCUAUUUCCAGGGCGCUAGAGCCAUAUGGUAUUGGUGUCGCCACGGGAGAACACUGUCAAAACAGGGUCAUAUUUAAACAGUUAUUCCAGGCUAAAGGAUUUCAGUUCUGCCAGAUUGACAGCUGUCGAAUGGGUGGAUUGAAUGAAGUCUUGGCAGUCUUGCUGAUGGCUGCUAAGUUUGGAGGUAAAAUUCGUUGCUUAAAUAAUACAGAUGAUACAUGUACAGCUCGUUCGUUCCUUUUUCUUAAAUGCAAGUGUUACAGGUCAAAUUUGAUUUCAGGUUAAUUUUUAUCAAUUUCCUUUGUUUCCCAGCCCUAUUAUGAAUAAUUAGGGCUAGGAGACAAAGGAAAUUGAGAAUCAACCUACGUUAAAAAAAUUUAACCUGAAAUCAAAUUUGACCUGUAACAUAAGCAGUCAUUUCAUUUUGGUGGCCACAUUUCAACCACUUGAAACUGCUUGUCCUUAGCCCAAGAAAAAGUAUACUGUACAGAGCAAAAAAUACUGAGAUCAACAAAACAAAUGUCACUGUCUUUUUUUAAAUAUCGUUCAAUGGUAAGUAACUCUAACCUCCCUGUAUUUUAUUUUUUUUCUCCUUGACUUCAGUUCCUGUGUGUCCUCAUGGUGGUGGUGUUGGUUUGUGUGAAUACAUACAACACAUUUCAAUCUUUGACUACAUCUGUGUCUCAGCAUCAUUAGAAAACAGGUUAGAAUUUGUAUUUGAGUUAUUAUACCAGACAUUUUCAUAUGAAAUAUUUUUUCUUUAGUUUGUAUUGUCAGUCUAAGAGCUUUAGGUUUCCUGUUGCCACGUAAGAAGAAAGCAGGCUGUGCCCUGUCUGAACAGGUGCAGUUUUUAUACUGAUCAGACGAGACUUGGGUUCCUGUGACUUCAAUAUCAAGGUGAUUGGAUGAUUACUAUUGACAAGUUGACAGUCUCUGAGGCUGUCGGUAAGAACUUUCCGAAACCCUGUUUUGAUCACCCUUUUGUCAGCCAUUCCGUUUUUCGUUUUCUUUAAUUUGGUCAAAAGUUAAGUUGUAGAAAUAAGACAAAUUACAUGUAUGAAUAAAUUGCGACUCAUUGAAGGGCUACCUUGAUACCACACCUGGGCAGUGGUUUUCGUUAAUUUAAGGUGCAGUACGCUUAUCUCUGCUGUAAAAAAAAUUGUUUGAACGUAAAACAGAAGAAGCAUUUACAACAACAUUUUGGUUCUUCUUCUUCUGCUGCAGGGUAACUGAAUUUGCUGAUCAUCUUCAUGAGCAUUUUAUCCAUCCUUGUGUGGUAGCGAAUGGCGCUUACAAAGUUCCAAUGGUCAGUUUUUGAUUUUUGUUUUCGUAUUGUUAUAUAUUGAUCUUUAUUUAUUCAAUUUUUUAACAGUAACAAAAUUAAAACAACAUAACAAAAAAUCAUUACUUAUUCUUAAGCAUCACUUGCAUUGUUUUUCUUCUCAGGACCCAGGGUAUAGUGCAGAAAUGAGGAAGGAAUCUUUAGAUGCAUACGAAUUUCCAGGCGGAUCUGAAUGGCAAAAGCUAAUUAAGAAUGGGUUUUUCAAGAUUUAAGUGAACGAGAAAUUAGCAAUAAUUUUUUAGAACAUAUUUAUGUAAAAUUAUGAAUUGAUUUUUGAAUGUGCGUGUAUAAAGAAAUAACUGCAGACUCAAACUUCAGGAACCCUUCACUAGGUAGGUAGUUUGUUGGUUGACGUCGAAAAUUUUUUUAGAGUUUAUGAAUAUGUAAAAGAAUUAAUGUAGGUAUGUAUUCAGACAUACAUUUUCCUCCACCCCAGAGAUAGAAAUUACAAUUUUUCUACUUUGAGUUCCCAAGGUUGAACCUGCCAAAUUAUUUAAAGGUCAAAAUCGUAGCGUUUAAUUCGUUACUCACUGCCACAAAAAUUAUAAAUCAGUUGCGCGGUACUAUAUAUUGAGACAACAUUUCCAAACUGACGAUUUUCUCUAUGUUUUUCUUACAUUUUUAUACACUUCUAACUAACGCUGUGAAAAGAAACUAGAUUUCU